UGCAGCUCAUAAUUUUUUUCAAUCUGGCGUUGAGAUGGACUCACAGCAACAGCAGUUUUGUCUAAAAUGGAACAGUUUCGGAUCGAAUUUAGCCACUUCGUUUAGUAAUUUAUUCAAGUCGGAAACUUUGGCGGAUGUGACACUAUUCUGUGAUGGAGUAACAUUUAAAGCUCACAAACUAAUCUUAGCAGCCUGCAGCAAGCACUUGGCCGAUCUCUUCGAGACGGCGCCCUUGCACCAAAACCUCCUCGUCAUACUGGACAACACGUCGGCGACCAACAUGUCCGCCCUCUUGGAGUUCAUGUACAAAGGCGAGGUGCACGUGUCCCAGGACUCGCUGUCCAGCUUUCUCAAAGCGGCCGAGUGCUUGCAAGUCAAAGGCUUGAGCAUCGAGCACGAGAAGCUCGCUGUUGCGCAGAGUCAUAAGAUAACCGCCAUGGACACCGGAAACGAGUCACCAGGAAGACACUCUAAGUCAAAAGAUGAAAUCGACACACCAGUAUCGAACACUCCGCACCACCAAUCCAGCCCGUCCCCGACUUAUUCUCCCACCAUGUCGCCGUACAUGCAUCCGCAUCACUAUAGGCCGUACGAAACGGUCUCGUACGAGAACGCCAUGAAGCGACCUCAGCGCAGCCCGAGCGAGCUCAAGCAGGAAGCCGCCAACAGGGUGUCCGUUCUGCGGGACGGAUCUAAAGCCGUAGGCAGACCGGGAUCCCCGGGACAGCUGUGCGCUUACAGGCCGUCGUCUUCUCUGUCGAAUAUACCAAGCCAGCCGGGAGGCGACAGCCCUCCCGAGAGUAAAUUCUACCCGGAUCCUGCCACCGCGUUGAUAUGUCCAGAAAGCAAUACCGUAGAUAGGUUUCAGGAUCCGGGUUGUCCUGAAGAUUUACGAAAGAAGAUGGAACCUGCGAUACAACAAGACGAAUCCCCGAGCAGUACGGCAGGAAACGGAACCGGCAACAAUGGCAACGUGCUCAAUAACUCCGUAUCUGCCAACGGCUCUAUUGGAUCUCAAACGAACUACAACCAUGACAGGGAUAAGGAUCUUAUAAACGCCAAUAUAUGGAGCACGGUCGCUGGGAAAAUCAACUGCAAGGGUGGGACAGUUAACACUGCAGACGGAAAGAAAUUAAAGUGCCCUUUCUGCGAGAGAUUGUACGGUUACGAGACCAAUCUGAGGGCGCACAUUCGACAGAGGCAUCAAGGCAUAAGGGUGCCUUGUCCAUUUUGCUCGCGAACGUUUACACGUAACAAUACGGUCAGGAGACACAUAGCAAGAGAACACAAAGCGGAGCUGAGUUUGAAGGCUUACCAGCAGAACCAGCAACAGCAGCAACAGCAGCAGCAGCAGCAGCAGCAGCCGCAGCAUUAA